GUUGUAAUCAAUUCUUCUGCAACUGUCAACAACAGGCGUCUGACUGACAUAACCUCUAAAAUAUAUGAUUUUUGAGCAAGCAGCAGUGUUAUUUUACCGCGUGUUAUUAUAGAUACAGUGUUCGUGGCUGUGAUAUAUUUUAAAUUCCACCAUGGGGAAAGUAAGGUCUGCUUCGGGGGCGCCCCGAAAGCAGGGCUUCAACAAAUCGGGGCAUUCCAUGAAUCCCGAGAGGCCAACCGAAGGUUUGAAGGGCGUUGGAAAACCUAGAACUAAGGGAACAAUAAAGAGGCUUCAGAUGUACCGUAAUUUCAAAGCGAAGAGAGAUAAGACAGGCAAAAUUUUGACACCUGCGCCCUUUCAAGGUUGGCUGCAAUCCGGCACCCAAGCUAGAGUCGAGCCAAAUCAAAAGUGGUUUGGAAACUCUCGAGUAAUAUCACAAAAUGCAUUACAAAAAUUCCAAGAUGAGUUCGGAGCUGCAGUCAAAAAUCCUUAUCAAGUGAUAAUGAAACCGACCAACUUGCCAAUAACACUACUCAAUGAAAAGGCCAAAAAUGCAAGAGUUCAUUUGCUUGACACAGAAGGGUUUGAUAAAACAUUUGGCCCAAAAAAACAAAGAAAACGAGUCAACUUAAAAUUUAAUGACUUGGAAACUUUGUCUAAGUCUGUUGAAGAGAAUGCUGAGAAAUAUGAUGAGACUAAGGAUAUAGACAGAGUCCGUGAAGAUAGCGGCAUGAAAGAUGGUCAGAGGGAGUGGAUAUUUGGUGCAGGGAUGAGCCGAAGAAUUUGGAAUGAACUGUACAAAGUGAUAGAUUCCUCGGAUGUCUUGUUGCAAGUACUUGAUGCUAGAGAUCCAAUGGGCACCCGUAGUCCAUAUGUGGAAAAAUUCUUGAGAGAAGAAAAACCACAUAAACACCUAAUAUUUAUUUUAAAUAAAGUUGAUUUGGUUCCCAACUGGGUAACACAGCGAUGGGUGGCAAUCUUAAGCUCUGAAUAUCCCACAAUAGCUUUUCAUGCAUCUAUGACACAUCCCUUUGGUAAAGGUUCACUUAUAAAUUUGUUGAGACAGUUUGCUAAAUUGCAUAUUGACAAAAAACAAAUCAGCGUUGGUCUCAUUGGCUAUCCAAAUGUAGGCAAAUCUUCUGUUAUCAAUACACUGAGAGCUAAGAAAGUGUGCAAAGUUGCACCUAUUGCUGGUGAAACUAAAGUUUGGCAGUAUAUAACAUUGAUGAGAAGAAUUUACUUAAUUGAUUGUCCUGGCGUUGUGUAUCCUUCUGCAGAAACGGAUACUGAAAAAGUUCUUAAAGGUGUAGUAAGAGUUGAACUAGUGCAAAACCCUGAAGACUAUAUAGAAGAGGUAAUAAAAAGAGUCAGAAAAGAGUAUCUUGUGAAAACAUACAAAGUUGAUGGAUGGGAUACUGCAACAGAGUUUUUGGAAAAAUUAGCAGCACGAACUGGAAAAUUAUUAAAGAAAGGAGAGCCUGAUAUUCCACAGGUAUCAAAAAUGGUUUUGAAUGACUGGCAAAGAGGCAAACUUCCAUUUUAUGUUGCACCUGAAGGAUUUGAGGUACCGUUACCGAAGCAGGAUGAAACAGAUAAAGAGGCAAAGAAAACAAAUGAAGAGAAAAAAGAAGACACUCCUAGCGAGGUGACUGAAUUGGAGGCAAAGGAUGAGGCAUUGGAAAAACCGACGCUGACUGUCAAUAAGUUAGUGAUAGCACAAGAUUUUGCUAAGAUCAGGGUAGGAUUGCAGUUUGAUAAUGAUGAUGAUGUGAAGCCACUCAAUAACAUUGUUGUUCCUGAAGAGUUACAAGGCAUAGAUGAAACACUUGAUGAAAGCAAAUCACAAAAUGGAGAAGAAGAGAAAAAUGAAACUAUAGAUGACAGUGAUUCAGAUAUUAGUGAGUUCUAUAGCAAUGAUGAAAAUGUAUGCAGUGAUGUGGAAGAUCAUUUGACUAAUGAUCCAGAGACUGUGAAAGAGUUAAAAAGAAAGAGGCUCCAAGUAGCAAGUGGUACAUUCACAGUAGAAGAGGUGGGACAGAAAAGAAAGAAACUGAAGGCAAACGAUGAUGCAUCUACUAAAAAGAAAAUGACUGCUAAGCAAAGACGUGCAUUGGAAAGGGCGCAAAAGCGUACGAAAACAGGAAGCAACUUUUAUGAAGUAUCAAACAUGUCUUCUGGAAGUGAAAGUGAUGACGACUAUGUGCCUGAAGAGCCUGUUCAGGUUUCAGAGGAAGAAUCUGCAGAUGACGAAACCAACUUAGAGUAUGAAAAGAAAGUAGAACACAAAGCUAAGAAAAGAAAGUCUGUGCAGCCUCCCAAAGGUAAAAAAAAACUAAAAACAAGAAACGGUAUUAAAGAAAUUCAGAAUAAAGAAGAAUUGACGUCUGAGGAAGUAGAACCAGCCGCUGAAAACCCAGAAGAAGAUAAAAAAAGGGAAGAUGACCUAUGGGCUAAAUUCUUAGAAGGAACUGACACAAAACCAAAGACUACAAAACCAGAACCGAGUCCUGCGCUGGCUGUAAAACCCGACAGCGAUGUACUGGAACCUAAACAAACCAGUGUUAGUAAAGAUAAAGAAGGCGAUAAAGAAAGAGAGAAAAGAAUAUUCGAAUUUGCAGGAGAAACUAUUGUUGUUGAAAAUAAUAUGAUUAAAGAGAAAAUUAAAACCCCAGAAACUGCUGCUACAGUAAGUAAAUUAGAAGAAAAAUCGCGAAGUCGAGGCGGUGGCCUAUCCAAUAUUUUAGGUCAGCUUAAUAAGAAGAACACCCUAUCGACGCUCGAGAAAUCUAAACUAGAUUGGAUUACAUAUAAAAAAGAAGAAGGUGUAGAGGAAGAAAUUGCAAGUAUUAACAAAGGGAAAGCUGGGUUUCUGGAUCGUCGCGACUUCUUAGAAAGAGCGGACUUGCGCCAAUACGAGAUUGAGAGAGAUUUACGUAUGAGCAAACGCAGCAAGCGAUGAAUAGGUACUCACUUAAACAAUUUGUUGACAAGCUUACGAGUACAUACUACGUUUGUGUGUCGACCUUUUAACCUCACGCCAUAACUGAUUGUUAGAACUUCUUAAUAAAGAAAGCAAAUUAA